AGUACUGCGCUUCAAAUACUGGAGCCUAUCGUGGAGCCGACACGAACGAGCCGAGCUAUACGGCCUUGUUCGUGAUCAGAAAUUUUAUGGCGACCUCACGCGGGACCUCAUGUAGAAACCUGGGGUAUAAAAUGGUGGCCUUUGCCGUCUAACACGUUACAGGAAGCAUCGUCCUGAUAUCAACAGGCUCUCUCUUCUUACAGUUUGUAAGUCACCAUGCACAUUCCGAGCUCAUCCAGUAUGAUGCGCCUAUCUCUAGGCCUCGCGGUGGCCGUGUUCGCCAUGGGUGGAGCAUCUAGAUAUCUGCCAACUGCCCCUGCUCUGGUCGAACGAGGUGCAUCGACCGGUGAAUGCACUCGGGACUCCAUGACGGCCCUCGUCACCGAGAUCCUGGAUUCCAUGGUGGCGCACAACCCUUACACCCUACCCAUGGCGACGUCCUACGUGGCGACGGAGAACUCGCAUGCAGCAGCGGUCGGCAUGAUGACUUCAUGGCGCACCAUCACCAAGGCAGGCCCACCCAGCCUGCUGGCAAUCGAUACGACCAAUUGCACAGCGUACUUUGCCCUGGACAUUAGCGAAGGCAACGACGCGGUGCAAAACGUCCUUCGAGGCCGCAUCGCCGUGGUCGACCAGAUGAUCACCGAGAUGGAAUUGUUCAUCAACCGCAACCGCGGCGACCACGGCUUCUCGUUCUCGGCCGAGGAACUCCCCACGAACUACGCAGCACUGAUGUCGCCGCCAGCUAAUCGGACAAACCCAAGCCGAGAGACACUAUGGGAACUCAGCCAGGCCCUGUUCGCAGUAAGCUCCUCCUUCGAGGUCGAUGUCGCCGACGACUGCCAAUUCACGGAACUGGGCUGGAGAGUCAUCGAUCCUGGUCCGGAUGGAAACGGUUCGACCACUCCACUCGGUUGCAACUGGCCCUCUUCACAUCCUACUGACGAGAACGCACGAGUGGCCUUGGUUAUCGAUGAGGAGUUGGGCUUCGUCCUGACCAGCGGCAUUGUUCCAGGCAAGGUCUACGGCUACGGUAACGUUUCGGCCUUCAUUCCGAACACCAUGACCGAUGCACAGGAAGCGCAGCAGGUGUGGUGGACCGCGAAGGAAGCCGAGGGAACUAUGCCGCUGCUCUAUCCCACUGGUUCCACCGGUGACACCCUCGAAGUGCUCCAGUAUUACAAUGGCGAGCUCCAGGCCAUGCAGAUCAAUGUCUACCUGAGUGGCCCGAACAUGACAUCGGUCUGGUUGUAGAUGAUGUUGAUGCGAUGUGACAGGUUGUUGACCCGCAGGGGAUGUGGUAUUGUAU